AGUGAUAUCACAAGAGUAAAAAAUCAAAUAUUGAGGCAAUUGCAAAAUCGAAACACCACCAUCACUUCAGGAUCUUUGCAACCUAAAUUUUCUGAGGUAUAUCAGUUAUUUGAACAUACAGUUAAAGAUAAGGAAGGACAUUCUGCGUUAUUGAUAGGUCCCAGGUCCACAGGAAAGACGGGCUUGAUAAAAGCCGCGUUGGAAAAAUUGAACACUUUGUAUCCUGAUCAAUUCUUAACUGUUAGAAUUGACGCGCUGAUUCAUUCAGAUGACAGAGCUGCACUAAGAGAAAUUGCAAGACAGUUAGAUGAAUGUUUAAAUGUAUUGGGAAUUGAUGUUGAACAAGAAUUGGAUGAUGGCAGUUUUGAGAAACGCUCUAUUAAUGAUACCUUCGCUACAUUCCUCUCAACAUUGGAGAGGAACUUAAAUUCAAAUGAAGAUGUUAGUAAUAGCAAUGUGUCCAUAAUAUUUAUUAUAGAGGAAUUUGAAAGAUUUGCAAACACCAACAAGCAAACACUUCUAUAUAACCUUUUCGAUUUAGCCCAAAACAGCAUGACUGCUGUUUGCGUCGUUGGAAUUUCAACUAAAAUUACUGGCAGAGAGCUAUUAGAGAAAAGAGUCAGUAGUAGGUUCUCACAGAGAGUGAUCACAACGUCUAAACCUACCACAAUACAAGAAUUUUGGGACAAUGCAAAGUUAGGGCUUGUUCUUGAAGAAAGUUUCAUUGAUACUUUGAGCAACCCCCUAUAUGGAAACAGAUGGAAUGAAGUGAUAUGUUCUAUGAAUAAUUCUGAGUUCAAAAACUUCCAAAGGUUACUAAUUCAUAAUUUCUACACAAUUAGGAACUACAGUGACUUCUUCAAUAAUUGCAUUCAUGGUAUAGCUAGAAUUAGCUACAAAUCACCUUUUCCUAUCGACUCAGAUUUUUCGAAGUAUGGGAGAUUGCAACUAUCCAAUGAGAUUAGAGGAAUCUUCAUGAGCUUAUCCUCAACUGAAAUGCUCUUAACAAUCGCGGCAGCUAGAUGGAUCGAGAAAUAUGAAUUACAAGCUAUUAAUUUCAAUCUCGCAUAUGCUGAAUAUAAGGAUAUGAUGCUGGCUUAUAAUCUUGCUGUCUCUAGUGUAUCGUCUGGCUUGGAAUCUAAAAUUACUUCAAAUAUAAAGAUCACACAAAAGGUAUUUCCUGCCCAAAUAUUAAGAACUAGUUGGGAGACGCUCUACAAAUUAGGAAUUCUUUUAGAUUCAGCAGGUAUUAGUACAAACAAUGAAGGUCAUAUAAUCACCAAUAUCAACUUGAACAAAAAUUUGAUUAUUGAAGAAAAUAAAAUGGUUCAACUAGAUAUUACUUUAGAUGAGAUAGGUUCUCUAAUUGAUGAUCAGAGUGCUUACAAAAGACUAACAGUGUUAUAG